AAAUACUGUACUCACUUUGUUGUGUAAAUGUGAUGCGCUGUAAUCGCGAAUCACAUGUAAUUCAUGCCUUUAAAACGUGGUUUGUAUCGACUAAAUACAUAAAUAGGUUCUCGUAUUUUGAAAGUAGACGUUCGUUUCUGGUAUUGCUCUGGCAAGCUAGCAUGACGCUAACGUUUACUCAACUCGCAUAGAUGAAAACCUUUUAUGCAACCAUCCUCCUCCAAAAAAAUUCUUCAGUAUUUUCGUCUAACACGUUGACCAAACACUGCUCUCAGUAAACGGUGGCAACAUAAGACGGAGACAUGUGGAACCAAGUGUGAAGCAGUGGAAGAGGGUGAUGCUGCCCCUAGGUGACCAUUCAUCAUGAAGCCUGUCAACUAUCAGAGCUUUUCCUCCAUGGUGCAGACCGUGCAACCACACAGUGCCUUGGUUUGCACACCGAAAUCCUCCGACUCGAUGUAUUGUAGCAAAUGUGGAUUUGCCUCAUCAGACAUGGACUUGUUGAAGAAACAUAUGCUUGACCACAUGGGGUCCAAACUCUGCUGUUUUUACUGUCAAAAGGCUGUAUACAGCAAGGCGGAGCUAAACGCUCACUUAGAAGAACACCUCAGGUCGACAUUCUCAUGCCCGCACUGUGGACAGGGCUAUUUGUGGAAGAUUGGCCUCUUGAAGCACAUUGAGCGUGUGCAUGGUAAAAACAUAAGUCAAGGACCUAAAAAGCUUGGUGUGAAUAAAGAUUCCCAGGUUUGUAAUGCCUUACCAAGUGUGCAAUGUGCUGAGCCCUCAGCGCAGCCACAGGUUCGAGGAAAUAUGCCGUCCCUCAACACACCUGCUGUUAGUCUUGUCAAAGACGGGCAGAAAGGGAGAACAAUGAACACAAUGCUUCCAAUUGCUUUAAAUGGUGUUCAAGAUGGUGUUAUUAAUCAAAACAGGGCUUUAACAGUUUCUCUCCCAGAUGAAAUAAGUAUACCCGCUGGCUGCCUCGUUGAACUUGUGGAAGUGAAAACUGUGAAUGGCUCCAAGGAGCUAAAGUUGAGGCUUGUUUCUCAACAAGAAAAUGAGGCCAGAAUGAAAGAUACAAGAACAACUGUACAGCAAAAUCUCACAAUGGGCAAGACUUUGACGUCCAAAUUAAAUACCCAAAAUGCAGUGAAGUUGACAAACAUGGGAAUGUGCAUGGUGAACGGAAAGCAAUUGGAAACAAAGAUAGCGGGUCAUCAAUUACUCGCUGUAAAACCAAUCAGCACAUCCACAAGCUUUGUCUCAAAUCAAACAAGCAAAGAGAAACCUACUCGAAAGAGGAUGUCACACGAAGUGAUUAACUUAGACAGCCUGACCAAAGUUUCCAAAACUGUUUGCGAUCCUUUGCGAGAAUGGAUUGAAAUUCCACCAAGGCGUAUUGAUCCUGUCCAAGGUUGUGGAAAAGCAGCCACUGUUCCUUCCACUGGUGAGACCAGCUUGUUGACACGUCUCCUGCAGCCGGUAAAAACUGGAUCCCGUGUGUACCAGCAAACAGCAAUAGAUGAAAGACUGAAAAGUAUUUCGGAACAUUGCCAGCGUGUUUCCCCUGCAACUGCAAUCAGGACAGAAAGUUUUCUCCAAGACACACUGGCUGCUGUUAAACAUGAACACAUUGUGGUUCGCUUCAAUGAUAACACUGGCUCCAUAGUCAAAGACUCUCCAAAAGUCAGGAACACUCCAGCAUGUGUCAACCAACUAAGUCACAAACCCACUUCCUUGAAUGUUCCUUCAGUUGAACCUGUCACAGUGUUACCUCCAACGGUUAAUCAGGAAAGAGAUAGUCCUCGUUCAUCUUUCCCAUGUCCAGCAACUGCGCAGAGGAUGAUCAACGUGUCCCCAUCAGUCAAAAUGCCCGUGCUGUCAUCCAGCUCCAAGUCAAACAUUCCAGCGUGGCCUCCAGGAUUGCCCAGUAAGCAGGCGUCUGAGAGAGACACACUAAAGCCAGAGGGCUUUCCAGUCAUCUCAUCUGUUUUUUCCCUGAGUGAACAGCCUGGAGUCGCUCAGGGCGCAAUGCAGCCGCUGGUUAUGGCACUGCGGGGCAUCGUGAUGGACAAAAGCAACACCACUGAGAAGUUGACACCAAAUGUCGAUCGCAAAGAUCAGUUACAGAUGAACCAGACAUGUAGUUCUGUGAAAGUAGAAGCAAAUCCAAAUGUUAUUCCCCGACAGUUGCCCAACCCAGUGCUGAAUGACUUAAAGGAUGAUGUCAAGGUGGAGAAAACCAGCUUGACGCAGAAGGACAACUGCAGUCAAACUCUAGACUUGAGAUCUGAAGAUGCCAAGCCCAUUUUUACAAACACAUCUGAUGCGGCCAUUUCUGCUAGUACAAAUCAGCAGUAUGACCUCUCUAAAUUUUUGACUGUCCCUUUGACUAGAGUGGACGAACGUGGCAUUUGGAUGGACAGCAGUAAGGGACCUGAACCCCCAGCACCUCAAUGUGAUGCAACGAUACUUGCGCCAGAGCCAAGCAAGGGCACCACCAUUCGCCUGAUGCCACUCAAGGUGGAACAGCUGGUGACGUGGCCGGGCCCGAACCAGCCCGUGGUCGUGCUCAAUCACCCGAAGCCACGGGUCCCAAUCAACGAGACAUUGGACACCGUUGCUGAUGCCAGAAGCCCCGAAAAGGCCCCCAAGUGUCAAAUAUUAAAAAUGAGGCUGGGCAAAGUGAUGGGACAGAAAUAUGAGGUUACAGGCUGCACUGUCAAGUUCUCCCAAUGAGCUGUUCAAAGCAUCUACAGUGGAUAUAAAAGUUGACACACCCCUGGUCAAAAUGCCAGCAGUUGUGAGGCCAAACAUAAAACUGAGAUGAAUCCUUCUAUAACAUUUCCCAUCAUUGUGAGCCAUGGCCUGUGCAGCUCAGUUAGACAAAAAUCUUUUGGAGUGCAAGCAACAGUAAACACAUGAGAAAAGGCAGUUGCACAAAUGUGUGCACACUCCCCGAGAACUACAUUGUGGCUAUGCUCAGAAUUAACCAGUCACAUACCAAUUCAUAUUGAAUAGGAUUCACAUUCAAAAUGUUUCUGACUAACCGUACGCAAAGUUCAGAUGUUCUUGAGGGCUUAAAAAAAAUGAGGUGUAUUAUAGGUCACAUUAAUGGAAGAAAAAUUUGGAAAUUUAUCUCUCUUUUUUUUUUUUUUUUUUUUUUAAAU